AUGGCAAACUCAACACCGACCACGAUUAGCGCGCCCGUGCAUCUCAACUCGACAGGAUGUGUCAUCAAGUACACGGAAGGGAAAGGACGCGGUGUAUUCGCGUCGCGUGCGAUCCCAGCCCAUACCCUGAUUGAAGUCAGUCCGGUGCUGCUAUUCACUGCGGAAGAGUAUGAGGCGCACGCGAAGCACACUGUGCUUGACCACUAUACUUUCAAGUGGCGCGAUGGACGCAUGGCGCUUGCGCUUGGACUAGGAUCGCUGUUCAACCACAACAGGACCCCGAAUGUAUCGUUUUCCCUUGAUCCUACUACAGAGAGCAUAGAGUACACCACGACUCGGGAGAUCCAUCCGGACGAGGAGCUUUAUAUCUUUUACGGGCAUAAACUCUGGUUCGAAGACGUCAACGCUGCGCAGACCUCACCUUUAGCUUCGGACGAGGUUGAUGAUCCCUUGGGUGGACUCGGUGUUGUUUCUGACUCUGAUGCCUCUGAUGAUGAAGACGGAGUCGAUCCGACGGCUCAUGUGGCUGAAGACGAUCUACCUUUCACGCGCGUACGAAUAACACCCGACGAGCUCGAGGAAGAGGACAUGGAGUCCAUACGGACCGUAGAAGCCUGGGCAGUGGACAUCGCCGACCCCAAAUAUACAACGACCAUGCUGAAAUGGCUCAAGACGUCUGGUUACGACUCCCCCGCCCUCUCGCACCUCAAGCGGAUCCGCAAGUCGCCUACCCAUUCAACACUACUCAUAACGCAUUCGCCCGACGCUCCCUCGCUUCCCGCUGACCUCCCGAUAUCUGCGGCAUACCUCAUCAAAGUACCCCGAACGGCUGCCAUUACGCAGACCUCUCUUGCGCUGAAGAAUACGCUGUGGCCUACUGUCUUUGCUCCGAGGCGGAAAGACGUACCCGAAGUCUGGUCGAAAGCGAAAGUACGCUGGGCACGACGCGCGAUGAAGCAUGUUGUAGCCGAGGCCAGGAAAGCGAGCGCAUCGGGCGAGCUACCCAUCGCAGCGCAUGUGCCGACGCCCUUCGACGGAGAUGAAGGCGCUGAUCCAAGCUUACCUUCGUUCACCUCCACAGACACUCGGACAUCCGCCAUACAUCCCCUGCGCCACGCUGUUAUGGCUGUCAUACGCCAAGUCGGCGACUAUCGAGCCACAGCGCUGCCCUCUCGCUCUGUCUCUCGCCCCGAGCCUUCGCCCAGCUCAUCUCGAGCGGAAACGCCUUCGACGACGGAGAAGAAUGGGCAACACUACCUCUUGACAUCGCUCACACUCUUUACGACGCACGAGCCGUGUAUCAUGUGCAGUAUGGCGCUGCUGCACUCGCGAGUGAAGGAGGUAUUCUACCUGUUCCCGAUGGACAAGACUGGCGGAUGUGGUGGCACGGCGUGUUUGCCGAAGCUCGACGGGGUCAACCACCGCUUUGGCAUCGGACGAUGGAAGGACACGGCUCUUGAAGACGGAAUAGAAGUCGAAGAGGGGUGUGAUGCCUGA